GCUCCGCCCCAUUGCACGAUGGGAAAGCGGGAUGUUCAAAUCUUCUUCCUGCUUUUUUUUGGCUCGGUUUGUUUUUGUUCAUCAUGGAGGCGAGAGGCAGUGCCGUCAACACUCCCGCCAGCAGACCUGUUACUCGGAGAAGCAAAAGUUAUGGUCGGAGCUGUGUGGAAGCACCCUCAUAUUUCUGGCAAACACCAGGACAUUUAACCGUCUUGAAGAUCCCAACCAGUAGAGGGGCUGCCAAAUCACAACUCAUCACCGAUAAGGUUGACCCCGAGCAUAUCGCUCUUCUGGUGAAAAAUGAGUGGAAGCUGUCAUAUGUCACCCCUUUGCAUCACUUCAGACAUACACAGCUGAAAUCAUACUCCAGACACCUCGCAGCCUUCAUCGCAGCAGAGAAACAGCAAGGAGUUGCAGUUGAAGUUGGGUUAGAAGCGGGAUUCAAGGUCACAUUUACUGCAGUUCUUGGACUGGCUGAAACUGAUGAGGAUGCUGAGACUGUUUUCAUUCAGAUCCAGUCCAAACCCGCAUUUGCUGCAGCUGCAGAUGCACCGAAAGUGGUCUGGCGCGGUUGGCUCACAUGCGUCAAUGGUGAUCCGGAGUACCUGAGGUCACUGCCUCCCGAUUUUGUCAGCUUACCUCUGUUUUGCACAAGCGGAGCGGAGUCUCUUACAACCCUGGUAAAAACCUGGUUCGAGAGGGCGUUUGAUUGCAACUUUGGUUCUUUGGCUUUAAACUCCACCACUCUCAACUGGCUGGCUGCUCUGUGGACUGGUUGCCAUCCCACCUGUAACAUCAGGCACCUGAAACUGGCCUGGAGCCUUCCAACACAGCCACCAAUGGAUGUCUCGUAUACAGUUAAUCCUCAGGAUGCGUGGGAACUCUGGAACAGCAUUCACCCAGAGGAGAGUACAGACGACAAGAUUGAUAUUAAAGAGGUCCAGUCUUUCAUCAGCGGGCUGGAAACUCAUUUUUUUAGACACUUUAAGAUCUACCUGUCUGCUGGUACACUCGUCAAAGUAUCUACCGCUCUGGGAUCAGCACAUCUUGAUGGGAAAAUCAAGAUUGGAAACAGUGAUUACAUCACCACCUUACUUACCCUGCUGACAGAAUCUGCUCUUUUGAAAAUGCCAACCUAAAAUCUGCUCUGUUUUUUAUAGAUUUGUAAAUACAAUUUUUGGUUGUUGUUUUUCUUUUUUUUUGCUAUGACAUCUAAACUUUUAUAUAUUUUAAAGCUUAUUGUUUCAUAUUUGUUUUUGUGUGUGUGUGUGUGUGUGCUGUCUAUGUUUGUUUUCCAGCUUUUAAAAUUUGACUUUUUAUUCUGUUUUCGGAUGCCUGUUUUCUUUCCUUUAACUUGCUAGAGUUUUAUCAAGACAAAUAACAUAUCAGCCUUAGGCUUAUGUUAAUGUGAUACGACUCCUUUAUCACAAAUAAACCUGAUAAUCAAUGGUGUGUAAAUGUAUCACUACUACAUUGGUUCUUAUAGUUCACACAAACAGGCAUUAAUAUGUCUAUUAGUAUAUUGUAACAUGUUUAUGUUUUAUACAAAAAUUGUGAACCUUUUGUCAUCUUUACUAAACGAAUAGUGGCUUAAUUUUGGUUGUUUAGAUGUGUUUUGACUCGGGGCCUCUGAAAUUAUUUGAUAACGUUUUGCUAGCAGUCCCAACAAUGUCAGAAUCUAACGGUCUAAAUAUAGAACAUUUUACAAAGCAUGUAGGUAGAACAGGCGAGCGGAAGUUUCUAAUGGUAGUUCAGAAAUUAGUUUGGAUUUGAUUGGUUUCUUACUUGUAACCAGUUUAAAUUGACUGUUUGUGUUGUUGCAGAUUACUGUUGUUGGUGGUGUACAUUCAAAACACCCUUCAUUUAGGCAUUUACAUCAGAAAAGGACCUAAGAUGUGCAUAACAAAAUGUAUUUGAAUUGAGUUACCUUUUGUCUCUCAAUAAAGCAUACAUCCAAGUUGAA